CUCAGUGUGAGGGGACGAGCGGCGCCAUUUUGUGCGGCAGUUUAGUGAGAGAGGAAAAAUCUCCAUUAAAAUCGAUCCUAAAUAAUCGUGAUUAAUCUGAAGCAGCGGAGAAACCCGUUAUCAUCCCAGCGCUAAACGAACCGCAUCGUAUGUCCGCUAUCCAGAACCUCCAAACUUUCGACCCCUUUGCUGAUGCAACUAAGGGUGAUGAUCAGCUCCCAGCAGGGACUGAGGACUACAUCCACAUAAGAAUCCAGCAGAGGAACGGCAGGAAGACUCUGACCACCGUGCAGGGCAUCGCUGACGACUAUGAUAAGAAGAAGCUAGUCAAGGCCUUUAAAAAGAAGUUUGCGUGUAAUGGAACGGUGGUUGAGCAUCCUGAGUAUGGUGAAGUGAUCCAGCUGCAGGGAGACCAGCGCAAAAACAUCUGCCAGUUCCUGACUGAGGUACAGCAACACGACCGGACCACCAUCAGACCAAUCAGAGUAGAGUUCAGAUUGAACUGGCCAAAGAGGAGCAGCUCAAAGUCCACGGUUUCUAAAUAACGAGAGAACCCUUUUACUGCCCCCGUUUUUACCCCUCUACUAAUUUAGUUCUCUUUAGCUGCACCCCGUUACCCCUCCUCACCCCGCUGUGGGUGUGGGCAGGUGAGCGAUGACCCCGACGCCUCCUGAGAGGAGCUGCUGUAGUUUUGAGAUUUCUGUACCGAGUCGCUCUGAUUUUACUUUCUGCUUCUUUGUUUUAUACAACAAUAAAAAAUCUCAAUGAUUCAGA